CACUGCAGCAACACAGAGAGUGACCAGCAGUCCGAGGACCACCUGCUCAGUCAAGCAGAUGAGACAAACAAUACCAACAAGGAAAGCAAUAAAAAUGAACCCUAUGGACACAGCAUACCGCCAGAUCCCGCCAACACUUCUGUACUUACUGAGGAAGAUUGGAAAAUGCCUUUGCAUGAAUUCAUUGCAAAGAGACAACCCAAUAUUAAAAAGCUGCCUAAAAGACUCAGAUCUUAUUACAAGGCUCAAAACAAGUUGAUUACAUCCUAUGAGAAGUUGUCUUCAUUUAGCGACAGAGAUCCUUACGAGGUAUACCCCAACACAGACAAAUCCUCCAAAGCCGGUUUUUAUGCAAGACUCAUUCUAUGUUUAAAUGUGUGUCUAACCAUUGGCAAAGCAGUGGCUGUCAGCGUUUCAGGUUCAAUUUCCAUCAUAUCCAGUUUAGUAGACAGUUGUGUCGAUCUGAUAUCUGGAAUCAUAUUCUGGUGGACCACCCGGGCUAUGAAACGAAGAAACCCUUACACUUACCCCCAAGGUCGAACGAAACUGGAGCCAGUCAGCAUUAUUAUGUUGUCUGUAAUCAUGUCUUUUGCAGCUUUGCAACUGAUUUUGCAAUCGGUGCAGAAAAUCGUUGCAUUCAUUAAACACUCCCAUAACAUCCCAUCAGUUGAUUUCGAAGCUAUUGGCAUUCUUCUCUCAACCAUAGUUAUCAAAUUGGGUCUCUAUAUUGCCUGUCGUCGUGUGAACAGUCCCACAGUCCAGGCUCUCGCACUGGACCAACGAAAUGAUGUCGUCUCCAACUUUUCGGCUCUCCUGUUUGGCUACAUAGGGUCUAAAGAAAUAUUUGAAAGGACCAACAUUCAGGAGUUACGCUAUCUUGAUCCUAUAGGGGCCAUUCUUAUAAGUUCCUACUUCUUUGUCAACUGGUGGCGCACUGGAUACACUCAUAUCAAACAAUUGACUGGUUACACAGCAAAACCAGUGUUUCUCAGUAAAAUAACUUGGCUUACCCUCAACCACAACAGGAAGAUCAAGCAGAUCGACACGGUGAGGGCGUUCUACUUUGGCAUCAACUUCCUGGUCGAAGUCGACAUUGUCUUGCCAGAAAACAUGACCUUGAAAGAGGCCCACGACAUUGGUGAGAGCCUCCAACAGAAACUCGAGUGUCUUCCUGAAGUUGAGAGGGCCUUCGUUCACUUGGACUACGAAGUUACACACAACCCUAAAUCAGAACACAAAAUAGUUUGACAAGAUAUUUCAUUAGGGGCUGAUUGUUUAACAUUGAGGAGUGAGUUGUUAUCGUUAGGGGUGAGCAGGAGCACUUGUGGUCUUAUGUGGAGUUGUCAGAUCUUUGUGGAAGCUCAACCACCCAGAAAUGUUGGUUAAUUAUUAUAUGUUGGAAUUAAUUAAGAAACGUGGAUUGGCAGAACCGUUUGAGUCAUUAGGCAAAAUGAUGCCUUUCGUUAAGAUUCUUAAGAUCCUGAGUUCAAAUCAUGCUGAGAUUAAAUUUGUCUUUGAUUCUUCUGAAAUUCAUCAAAUAAUGUACCAGGGAGGUGCUUGGUUUGACCUAAUCAAAUAUACUUUUCCCUACAAAAUUUUUGGCCUUCUACCUCUGCCGGAAGUCAUUAAGAAAAAGCAUCCAUGUUCUGCUGAGGUAAACCUGCUGCUCAUAUUUCAACCUGAAUGAUAUGUCCUCCAAAUUCCUUCAGUUUUGGGAGGAUGGGUUGUCCUAAGAUUCAGGACUUACUAACAUGAUGCUCUCAUUGUAAAGAUUGUAUGAAAGUUGUCGAGAAGGAUUUAGCUGUGCCAUUCAGUUGCCAAGCAACAGUGGCCGUAAAUGCUUUCACGUGAACAUUGGUGUGUGUUUCUGUUUGUGUGUGUGCGUACAUGUGUAUAUAUUUGCUUGUGUCUGUAUGUCUAUGCAUAUAUUUUUGAUUGAACAGGAAUAUAUAUUUUACAAAAGAAAUUCAAAGAAAAAAAGUAAAAAGGGGGGAGAAAAGAAAGGAAAAAGACAUCAAAGACUGCUCCAGUUGGUCGCACACCACAAGGGUCAACGGGACCUACUGAAGCAAACCAGAAUGCUUGAAGCCUUACUACAAGCGAUGGUGAUGCUCCAGCAUGACUUUCUUUUCUGUCUCUCCCAUUUUUUGGGGGGGCUUUUUUCUUUGCCUUUCAUUGUAAAAUAUAUUUUGAAUAAAAUGUCUUUUUAAUUGUGUGUUAGUGUAUGUGUGU